AUGGCUUCCAAUAUGGGAGGCGCCCCGGCUGAGAGCCGCGAGGAAAGGGUGAAGAGCGCUGGGAAGAAACUACUAAUGAGGAUGAAGACGGUCUUGAGAAAGACGGAUUCGUCCAAAAGAACAUCCACUGUACCGACAACUGCUGCGGUCGUAUCCCCCGCGCCUGUGGCUGGCCCGUCUACCACGCCUGCAAAUCCACCAGCUCCAUCCGAACCCGCCGAGGUGCCUGAAAGUGCUCCUGCGCAACUCGAUGAUGCCCAGGCCAUCUUCGAAGGAGAACGCAUCCCCCGGGCCCAGAUAUACAGCGAGCGAGCUCAACAGCUCGCAGAACGCUUUGGCCUUGACAUGGACCCCCACACGUGGUACCAAAUGGACGGCCAUGUCCUCCGCGUCAACAGGCCCAUCCACUGCCCUCGAGACCCACCCAAGAAGGACAAGUAUCCCUAUGGCUAUCCAGGCGAUGAGUUCGGCGCAAAGUCGAUACCGUAUUAUAAGUGCCACGAGUGCUACGCGAAAUUCCCCCCAGGAGCCAAGGACGGCGACACGUGCCCUGGUUGUUCGCACAAAAAGUGCAAUAACUGCGAACGGCUGAGACCUCAGAAGGUUGAGCCGGCACCCGACCCGGAAGUCAUGAGAAGUGUCCAGGCAAAGAUGGCUGAGACGAGGCUAAGCUGA